AUGAAGUUCACGACUCUCCUCACCUCCGUUCUCGCUUGCGCGGCGUCCGUCUUCGCACAGGGCACGAUCGACCAGCCAGUCGCUUGGACCUCGAUCAUGCCCAACUCCGUAUUUAACUUCUCCUACUCCAUCAACGCCGACUACUGCAAGUCGAGCUACGGCUUCUCCGUGUACAUCAUCACCGAGACCCCUACCAACAUGGAUCCCGCGCAGCAGUGGAUGAAUGGCUAUUACCUCGGGCACUAUGACGCUGAGAACUACCCGGCCGUUCCUUACCCUACGAACCCGGCGCCACCCAACUUCACGAUGCCCAAUUUUGCGAACUCGCAGGGCGGCUUCGGCGCCGGCAAGAACGCGUCCAACGCUACUUUCAACGUGAUGGUCAUGGAAGAGUGGGACGAUUGCUCCGGUUCCCUCGGUAGGAAGAUUGGUCUGACCAUGACUCCGAUCGUCUACAACGCGACGGAGGGCUACCAGUAG